CAGCACGCGCGCAUCGUGCAGACCGGAAGGCAGGGCCACGCGCACGGAAUAUCAGCGCCGUGUAAAUGAGUGAUUGUUGCUGUUUUCCGGAAAGGAGCCGUAGGCUCGUGUUAUUCACGGCGUGUGUAAUCAUAUUCGAUCGCAUCCCUUUGCUGGCCAUCAGAGCGAUGUUUUAACGCUUCACUGGCCAGCAGUCGUGCCUCCUCGGAAGAUGUCGUCUGGGUUUCAUCCUGCAUUGUGUGAACGGAGCGGAUUUCAGCUCAGACUGUAUUUAAACCUGCAGCUCUGCCUGUGAAGCUUUGUUUUCCUGGUUUGGGUGUCACGGUGCCGCCUGCACUAAUGGAGAGUCCGCGGCCACAGGUGGUGAUGGACAGGAGUGCACUAGCGAGGCAGGUGGAGAGUGUGGAGAGAAGCAUCAUAUUCCUGCGGCAGGAGCAGCUGACACUGCUACACGGCUUACACCUGGAGAUCCUGUCCCUGCAGAAACGCUGCACAGAACUGACCCAUGAGCUGAAUUUAAAGCCUCCUGGCAAAAGUCAAGCAGAAGUACAUGAGGAAGAAGAGCUGUUAGAGGCGCGCUGUCAGGCUGUGGAGAGCAGACUACAGGAGCAGCAGCACUCUCAGGAAGAACUACGUGAGGAGCUGAGCCACAAGGGGGUGCUGGUGGGAGCUCUGAGGGCAAGCCUGAAGGAGAAAGAGCGCCGCUUCCUGGAGGAGCUCAAGCAGCGCAGCCACAGGAGCACUGCGCUGAACACCGAGCUACAGAAGCAGACCAAGACUGCCGCCUACCUGUCGUUCCAACUGCACGCUGCCAGGCAAAAGCUGCAGCAGCAGCAGCAUCGCAGGAGACAGGAAGUGGUCGGGACAGAGAAUCCGUCCUCCCUCAGCCUGUCUCAGCAUGAUAACUUCACUGCACCUACAGUCAAACCGAAAAGGCGCAGCGGCGUCAGGGCAUGCUCACACCUCCGAGCUGAGCGGGCCAGAGAGUGCGUUCCUCGCGAGAGGGUGAUGGGUCCCGAGGAGCCCACGGCCAUGCCCGACCCUGCACUCUUCCUCCACCCACGCAGACCGGUAGCGGCUCGACCAUUUCAGCAUCGCACACAAACGCUGCAAGGGGCAGUGGGUGGAGAGGAGCCAGAUGAAACAGAUCAAGGAGACUCAGCCAGCAGGCUGGUUGCCACGGUCCCUGUAAAAACAGUCGCUACUGCUGAGAGCAAAGCAAAGUGACAGUGCUGUCCUGCAAAAAUGGCCUGCUUCUUUCAAUGCUGUUUACCUCUUAUUGACUGCAUUGGCACCGGUGGACAUGUUUUUUCUAUAUUUGCUUUAUAAUUUGAUUUUUUUCUUAGCCCUUAAUUUAAAAAAAAGACAGUAAAGGCCAGCGAACUGGCCGCUGUGCACAGUGCCGCUGUGUGGUUUUGCCUUGCGUUAGGAAGGACAGCCAUAGGGCAGCUCAUAGUUGUCCACGUGGUGCGACACUUGUGUGUCUUGGCUAUUUGUUACUAACGUGUCCCUGCUCUUGAGUGCAGCGGUCUGACAGGUUUUGUUGUAUGGAGGCAAGUUUUGUUGCGAAACAGUAUGAUCUUGGUAAUUCUACAUCAUAUUUCCACACUUUUCCAAACAGGUGCACUGCAGUGAGUGCACAUUUUGAAAACGCCUGCUUUUUCAUUAUCAUAAUUUGGUCGUUCAGUAAUAAAAAGAGCCAGCUGUUUUAUCAGUACAGCUGUGUAUAAUAGUAGAGGGUCUGUUUGCUGUAGAUCAAGGCUCAGGGGUUACUUAGCGUAGAGAGUUUGAGAGUCUGUGUGUUUGUAGGUAGUAUGAGCUUUAGGAGAAUCAUGAAAGGAAUCACAUUUUAGUUGUGUUAGGAAUAAAAACCCUGACAUUAACUCUACUGGUUUUAGAAUGUUUCACAUUUGGUCGCAGGUGGUCCCUGAUUGAUGACUUGGCAGUUUUGUGCAUCCAUUAGUUACCCCUUUUCCACCAAAUCGGUUCCAGGGCUGGUGCUGGUUCACAACUCGUUCAACUUGCGAGCCAGCUGAGAACCAGUUUGCUUUUCCAUAGCUCAGGGUGCUAAGGGAAGCCAUGUCAUUACGUCGCUGUAUACGUCAGUUACGUCGUUGUAUACGUCAGUUACGUCGCUACGUUUGCAUAAACCUUGGCGCGAAUAUCAAAGCAAAAACAACAUGGAAGAAGCAACAACAACAAUAAUAAUAAUGGAUGACUUUGCAUUUGUACAGCUGCUGCUUCUCGUUGCUUAAAAAUGGCGAUCUUUCGCGGUCUUGUUAUUGUUGUUGGUCUUAACAACUCCGCCCCAACCCCCCCCCUGACAUAAGCGGUUUUUUCCUCUGGCCCAGCAGAGAGUUGGUUCUAGCCUGGAACCGGUUUUUCUGGCCCCAGAGCCAGUUCUUUGUCAGUGGAAACAGAAAACCCAGUUCCAAACUAAGCACUGGCCCUGAACCAGCCCUGGAACUGCUUUGGUGGAAAAGGGGCAACUGACAACCUCAGACCAACCUUAAAUGACCCAUAAACAAACCAUUCCCAGACCAAACUUUUUUUUUUUGGAGUUAGUUAAUUUAUGUAUUGUAAAACAAAACAAAAAAAACCCCAAGAGGUCCUGGUGUGCUUCACAUUUUGCAUUAUGGUUUAGAACCUAAAGGCUUGCCAUACAUAUACUAGUGCAUCUCAAACAAUUAGAACAUUGUGAAAAAGUUUAAUAUUUUUCAUCAGCUAUUUAAGAAAUUGAAAAUUUCACAUAUUCUAAAUGCAUUACACGUAACCUAAAAUGUUUCAAGCAUUUUUCUAUUUUAAUUUUGAUAAUUAUGGCCUACAGCGUAAAAAACAAAACAAAAUCUCAAAAUACGAGAAUAUUUCAUUUAGAGUUUGAGUAAAACAGUAUAAAUACCAUGUAUCUCUCUGUCUAAUUCAGUACACAACCACAAUCAUGGGGAAGACUGCUGACUUGUUGGUUGUCCAGAAGACGAUCAUUGACAUCCUCCACAAGGAGGGUAAGCCACAAAAGGUCAUUGCUGAAAAGGCUGGCUGGAAAAGGUGCACAAGCAACAGGGAUGACAGCAGCCUUAAGAAAAUUGUCAAGAAAAGUCAAUUCAAGAACUUGGGAGAGCUUCACAAGGAGUGGAUUGAGGCUGGUGUUGGUGCAUCAAGAGCCACCACGCACAGAUGUCUUCAAGAAAGGGGCUACAACUGUCUCAUUCCUAAUAUCAAGCCACUUCUGAACCACAGACAUCAUCAGAAGCAUCUUACCUGGGCUAAGGAGAGAAAGAACUGGACUGUUGCUCAGUGGUCCAAAGUCCUCUUUUCAGAUGAAAGUAAAUUUUGCAUUUCAUCUGGAAAUCAAGGUCCUGGAAGAAGAGUGGAGAGGCACAGAAUCCAUGGUGUUUGAAGUCCAGUGUGAAGUUUCCGCAGUCUGUGAUGAUUUGGGGUGUCAUGUCAUCUGCUGGUGUUGAUCCACUGUGUUUCAUCAAGUCCAAAGUCAACGCAGCCACCAAUCAGGAGAUUUUAGAGCAUUUCAUGCUUCCAUCUGUUGACAAACUUUAUGGAGAUGCUGAUUUCCUUUUCCAGCGGGACUUGGCACCUCUACUACCAAAUGGUUUGCUGGCCAUGAUAUUACUGUGCUCGAUUUGCCAGUCAACUCACCUGACCUGAACCCCAGAGAGAAUCUAUGGGGUAUUGCCAAGGGGCGCAUGAGAAACACCCGACCCAAAAAUACAGAAAAGCUGAAGGUCGCUAUCAAAGCAACCUGGGUUUCAGUAACACCUCAGCAGUGCCACAGGCUGAUCGCCUCCAUACUACGCCACAUUGAUGCAGUAAUUCGUGGUAAAGGAGCCCCAACCAAGUAUUGAGUGUAUAAAUGAACAUACUUUUCAGAAGUUGGACAUUUCUGUAUUGUAAAUCCUUUUUUGAUUGAUCUUAGGAAAUAUUCUAAUAAUUUGAGAUAAGCCUCGGUCACAACCGGACGUGCGAUUUAUUUAUUUUUUGGCCGUGCAAUUUUUGGCAUUUCCCAAAUCACUGCGUUUUUUUUUUUUUUGUUUGUUUUUUUUUGUUCGUGGAGAACGUAGUUGUGGUGACCAUGAAGGAGUAAGAUCACUGCGCACCCAACGUACAACCCGGAAGUCGAACGUGCGUACCAUGCACGAAAUCUGAGCCUGCUCGGACGUACGGCUGUCGCUUCAUUUGUACAGCCAACGCACCUUCAAACGUGCACUAAUCGUACUGACCGUGCGUUCCAUGCAGGCUUCAUAUGAAGGUUGAAAGAACUGCGCACGAUCUGUACGUUGUGCGUACCAACGGCGUUCGUUUGUCGCACUGCGGCGAUUGGAGAGGGUUAUAUAUAUUUCAGCAUACUUUGGUUUCUCACUGUGAAAAUGGCAAUCCCUCCGCAAAGACUUCGUCUCAAACUCCUGGCCUGCUGGCCACUGUCGUGGUCUUCAUCCUCCUCCUCACUGCUCCUUGUCCUCUCUCUCUCCUCCCUCUCUGCCGCCGUCUCUCUCUCCUCCCUCUCUGCCGCCGUCUGUCUCUCCUCCCUCUCUGCCGCCAUCUCUCUCUCCUCCGUCUCCGACACCUUUUCUAUCCUCCUCUUCCCUUUUGCCUUCGGCAUAUUGAAUUGAAGCGAUGAAAUGAAAUUAAAUGAAAUUGGGUUUUCUCUCAAUCAAAGCCUACGUGUACAAAUGGCCGUAGGCACCCCUGCAGCUUUAUCUACCCGAGUUUUCGUGCGAUUGAUGCCCUCUCGCCGUACGGCCAAUGCACAGCUGACUUACUUGACACGCUAGUCUGGUUAACACCAGACCAUAUCACAAGUGAAAUAUGGUCUGGAAUCCGCCUAUUGAAUUUCUCGUAGGGGAGGUGUGGUUUACGAUUGUCAACGGUCGUUUAUUGGACGUUGCGAAUGUCUAUCAUUUGGCGUAUACGUAGCCCAUGGCCAAUCAUGGCAGUUGUACCUGGUGACGUAGUUAGAGCGACGAAGAAGAGAAGGAAAGAGAAGGAGAAGGCAAAACAAAAAUAGGAAAACAAUGGCACCGAACGAUUACUGCCGUUUGUGCAAGACAAAGCUUGAUCGAAAGUUUGGUUCGUAUCGCUCGCCGCCAUGUUAAAUGUGAUCCGUAAACAGUCCCAAAUAAACUACAAGCUUCCGUUUGUCAAGUAGUACGCGUCACCGUCUUUCCACCCCUCCCCACUCUCUGAUUGGCUCCCUAACUCAGGCGAGCCUUUAGACCAUAGUUUCCAUGCUGUCUUUUCAGAUCGGAACGAUUGUGCAAAGCAGCAUGGGAUUUCCCAGGCUAUUGACACGCAUGGAUGACAUACAAAAUAUCUGAACGUGCGUUGGCCGCACUAAUUAUGUAUGUGGGGCGCAUGACACACAUACGGAGUCCGCAAGUGCGACGUACAAAAAAAAUUGACAUUUUGCCCAAACCUGACACCAGUAAAUCGUACGAAAGACGCACGUCGGCUGUACGGAAGACACACGAGGCCGUAAGUUUGUCUUGCAACCUGAAAAAAACAUAAGCGCCCGUAGAGUUUGUUUGACAUGACAAAGAACCUCUACGGCCAGUCUACGGCUCAAAAAUCAGCACGUCACACGCGCGCCCUCCGUGCGUUUCUUUGCGUUUUUUUGCACGUAGACCGGCCGUAGGAGCACGUACGGCCGGUUGUGACCGAGGCAAUACUGGAUUUCCGAUUUUCAUGAGCUAUAAACCAUAAUCAUCAGAAUUAAAACAAAAAAGGCUUGAAAUAUUUCACUUUACAUGUAAUUAAUAUGGAAUAUAUGAAAGUUUACCUUUUUGAAUAAAAUUAUGGAAAAAAAAUCUAACUUUUUCAUGAUGUUCUAAUUGUUUGAGAUGCACUAGUAUGUACAGAUGGGUGACAAAUUAAAGGAAAAACCAACAGCAGGUGUCUUUUUUAUGUUUUGGGCCACCAUCAGAAAGAACAGCUUCAGUGAGCCUUAUCAUAGAUUCUGCACAGUCUCUGGAACUGUCCUGGCUGGAUGAACACCAUUGUUCCAAAAGAUAUUCACUCAGUUCGUGUUUUACUGAUGAUGGUGUUGGAGAGUACAGUCAAACAUGUUGAUCCAAAAUCCCCAGACCUCAACCUCUUGGGUUGAGAUCCGGUCACUGUAGAAUUUCAUCAUGCAGGAUUUGAAUUCUUUUCAUGCUCACCAAACCAUUCAGUGAGCCCUUGUGCCCUGUGAAUAGAGAAGGAGUCAUCCUGGAAGAUGAAGAUCUACUCUCGUCGGUAAAGGAAUGUUUCAUCGUCAGAUCACGGUGAUCAGUCAGAAUAACUUUGCAUUGAAUUUGAUUUGCACUGACUUCUGGCUAAGGGGAUAACUAAACCCAUACGUACAGUAUACCAGCAAAGUGAUGUCCACAGCAUAACAAAAACCACCAGUUUUUCCUUUAAUUUGUCACGUGUCUAAAUCUGCUUAAACAUACAGAUAAUACCCAAACUAGAAAACGACAAAAAUGUUUGCCAGUGGAUUGUGUGGUAUGAUGUAGACUAGAGACCGUACUGGUAGCACUGGUCAGUAUGUGGAAAGAGCAUGGACGCCCUCAACUCCCCAAAAAAUUAUAUAAAGUUAUAUAAGACAAAUAUUUGAGAAAGAAAUAAAAAAGGUGUUGUGCUGCAGUAUCUAAUGCAAAUAAAUAAAAAAGUAUAAGUAUGCAUGAUAAAAUGAGAGCGAGCAGGGAGUUGAAAUCAGAGAUGUGUGUCCCUUUAACAGUGAAACUGACAAAAAUUUGUGUCAAGUGCCAAUCUGCAGUAGAUAGUGGUUUGAGAUUUACAUUAUUUAGUAGAUGCACUUAUGUAGAACGACAUACCCAGAGCAGCUAGGGGUUAGGUGUCUUGCACAAGGGCACUUCAGCCAUUUCUGUUGGUCCAGGGAAUUGAACCAGCAACCUUUUGGUCUCAAGGCUCCUUCUCUAACCGUUAGGCCAUGGUUUCCCCGAGAGCUUCCUAAUACUAAAACAAAUGGAAAGAGAAUAAAGUCUCUUUUAAAUUCCACUUACACUGUUAACACAAAAAGGAGCAAGAGUCAGUUGCAGCCUUCCAGGUUCACUUUUCACUGCUUAACAGGACUGAGUUUGAGUCGGUUUACGGUUAUUUAGCGCAAAAGUCUUUCAGCACAAGUUCUAAAGUCUCUUAGCACAACUCUAAGUUCUUUAGCACAAGAUCCAAGAACGCUUCAUCUUUAUUAUGAAUACUUACUGAUCAUGUUUAAAGAUGUUUGAUGGAUCUUUUUAAAUGAAAGUUGCCGAGAUUCCGAUCGAAAACGAGCAAUUGUAUUUCCCCACUCCGCCAUCUUGAAACCGCCAUGUUUGAUGUAGCCCGUACGUUAGUCACCAAUCCUCCCUCCAAAUUAUUUAACCUAGCACGUACCCUGACACAGUACACCAUGACAGCCAACUUCCAGGUUUGUUUUGUCUUUAUUAAAGUACUAAGCUUAAAUUGUAUCAUAUUUAUUAUUUACAGUUUUCUAAUUUGAUAAAGAAUGGGCGGCACGGUGGUGUAGUGGUUAGCGCUGUCGCCUCACAGCAAGAAGGUCCGGGUUCGAGCCCCGUGGCCGGCGAGGGCCUUUCUGUGCGAAGUUUGCAUGUUCUCCCCGUGUCCGCGUGGGUUUCCUCCGGGUGCUCCGGUUUCCCCCACAGUCCAAAGACAUGCAGGUUAGGUUAA